CAGCAGGGGCAAAGCAACAAUGGUCUGAAGGCGUUGUUUGGAAUUCCCGGUUCCUCAUGCUCGGAUUCUCCUCAGCAUAUGGUGAUUCGUGAAGCCAUGAAUAGGCUCUCUGAUUACCGUUAUUUUCUUCUUCUGAUUACGGAGCUAUACUAGGGCUUUGCCGAUUACGUGUGGUUUCUUACUGUGAUGGUCAUGGGAAAGAGAAACUCCCUGGUUGUUUUAUCCUCGGAUGAUGAAGAUGAUCGUACUACGUUUUCCUUGGGUGGGAGUAAUAGCUAUGCCAAGUCCAAGUCCAAGUCAAGGUCCGCAAGCGCAAGAGGAAAAAAGAAGGCCCGCCUUUCGGGUUCUCGGGUUCCAUCGUCCAAAAACUCGAGCAAGUUGCAUGAGAUCAACCAUCUUGGAGAAGACUUCAAUGAAGUGUUUACUGGGUUCAAUUCGUCUGCUGGUACGCAAAGGAGCUAUGCAGGGGAGUUAUGGGUUCAUAAACACAAGCCCCAUUCUCUGGAAGAGCUUGCUGUUCACAAAAAAAAGGUUGAAGAAGUUAAGAUGUGGUUUGAGAAAAGGUUAAAACCUUCUAAGGGUGUCUACAGCAGUAAUGUUCUUCUCAUCACUGGGCAAGCUGGAGUGGGAAAAUCUGCUGCAGUUCAUGUAAUUUCUUCUCACCUUGGAGCUACUCUGUGUGAAUGGAACACACCUACACCUGUAAUUUGGCAAGAGCAUCUACAUAAUUCUAGUUCAGGGACACAAUACACAUCCAAGUUGGAUGAAUUUGAAACAUAUGUUGAAAAAAUAAGGAGAUAUGGCUUGUUGUCAACUUUCUUGAAGGGGGAGUCAAAAGCACCCAUCAUAGUUUUAAUUGAUGAUCUUCCUGUGACAAAUAGCAAAGCUACUUUUGGGCGACUUCAAGAUUGCUUGCACCUGUUGGUGCGCUCAACUCAGAUUCCCACAGUUAUAGUGUUCACAGACUAUGGCAAUGCUGAUUCAGGAGACCAUGAUGCCCAAUGCUUGGAAAAGAUUCAGCUUUCUCUUCUGAGUGCUGGUGCCUGUAAGAUUGCAUUCAAUCCUAUCACAGCGAAUUCCAUCAAGAAAGUACUGUUUAGAAUUUGCCAACUUGAGCAGUGUGAUGUGGCAGCUGAACAUGUUGAUCUGAUUGCUAAAUCCUGUGGAGGUGACAUCAGACAUGCAAUCACAUCAUUGCAGUUCUUCUGUCUCAAGCAGAAUCAAGUACAUUCGUUGUUAUCCAGUAACUUUUUCUGUGUAUCGAAAGAGAAAGAAAAGGCUGUUACUUUAGAUGAUGGAUAUUCCUUGCACUUUAGCAGAGAUGAGACACUGUCUUUAUUUCAUGCAUUGGGCAAAUUUUUGCACAACAAAAGAGAGACUGAAUGUGCAACCAAAGAUGAGCACUCUGCGUUUCUUAUCCAAGAAAGAUUUGCAAGAUUACCCUUAAAAAUGGAUGCCCCGGAGAAGAUUCUUUGCCAUGCCCAUGUGCAGCCUGGUCCUGUUGCUGAUUUUCUGCAUGAAAAUGUGCUAGAUUUUAUGAAUGAGGAGGCAAUUGAUGAUGCGUGGGUGGUGUCUUCAUAUCUAGGUGAUUCUGACAUUCUUCUUGCUAAACUUCGAGGAAUGGUGUCGAGAUAUAAUGAGGCAGAGGGUGUUCUACCAUCAGCUGCUGCUUCGGUUGCUGUUCGUGGAGUAUUAUUUGGAAAUUCUCAUACACUAUCUGCCAGGUGGCAUGCUGUGCGGGGACCCAGACUGUGGGGAGUGGAGAGGGAAUUAUUUUAUAACAAGAAUAAGAUCAUCAAACAGCGAGUUGCAGAUUUUGAAGGUUUGGUUUCUUGUAAUACAUCAGUUAUGGCCACAGAGUACACGCCUUUGUUAAAAUGGAUUGGAAAUAGGGCGUGCGGUGAAUAUCGUCAAUCUCCUCAGUUAUCAGUUCAUGAGUUAGAUAUGGAUCUCAUUGAUUUUGACCAAAUGGUCUUAGAUGACCAAAAUGACGAUGAGAUAGAAGACUGGUAGAGAUAUAUAAACAUAUUACAGGGUGCUAGUAAGUCCAAUGUCUCCACGCUUAUCCUAGUUUAUCUAUUAUUGAUCGAGGCACUUGUAAAUUUAUAAAUGUGGAAAAUUGAGGUGGGAGCGUUUCAGAUGGUUGCAGGAUUGGGAGCCUUCUGUGUAAAUUUUGUCAUCCCUACACCGGUACAUGCCCGCAAGAUGUUUCUUUAAUUACGUAUAGGUGUAUAUCUAUUGGAGAUAAUUCUGUUAUGAGAUGUUUUUGUACGUGUGGUGUUUUGGCGGGUAUAUUAGGGGGAGAAAGAUUAACUUGGAUUUUAUGUUGUGGUAUACUAGGCGAUUUAUGAUUUAAGUCAAUAUUUUAUAUGAAGAAGCUAACAUGCUUUAUUAA